UCACUUUUUUUUCCCUCUCUCCUCUUCAGUCCGACGUUGGUAGGGGAUGUGGCGGCUUUCCGCGGUCAGUUGAGUCGAAUCGAAUGUAACCAACAAUCUGUGGUGAGAGGUCGAGGUUUUCUUUCAGCAAGGUUCCAGACGGUCAUCAGUACUUUCAGGAUGUUGAUGGUAGCUAUAAUUAAGUAAUGAAAGGAAAUGAAGCCUGCCUGCCACUGGCCAGGAUCAGCCCUGAAAUGCACUGCAGUAUGAAAGCCUUGAGAAGCUGAUGCAAGCCUUGUGUUUUCAUCACACCUUCCCUGUGGAGUAAAUCUCAAGUGUGCAUAACAAGCCUUAUAAGGGGUGGACCACUGAAACUGGGUGGCUGUUUUUUAAUAUAUCUAACCACUGAAACUGGGUGGCUGUUUUUUAAUAUAUCUAAACAACCUACAAAUCUGCUUCCUAGAAAGAGUUGCUUUUAAUCAGCAUUAUCACGUUUAUAUUUCUACGUAUAUCAACUAAAAUUCUUUUGUUAUUGGAAAUGAAUUUAUUUCUCACUGAAGUUGUUACUCAAAUAUAGGGAAUGUCAACUCAAAGGUAAAUGCUUUGUAUCUUUUAAAUGUCAGAUGCCAAAUAAAGACAUUAGAAGUUGCCCAGGAGACCCCGUUUUAUACAAAAUUGAAGUAAAAAAUAAACUUGAAGAUAUUGCACCUCUUGCUUAACUCAGCAUUGACAUCUUCAAAAUAAGUGGCUAUUAGUCAGUUUGCUCCUGACAAUGACUGAAUUUGUUUCCUGGAAAAGGACGUUUGUUUCCUAGAACAACACAAGCGUUUGAGAUUUCUGCAGGAUCUGACAAUGUCUUGGAAGAGGAAUUAUUUUGCAUCAGGCAGCAGUGGACUACAGGGCAUCUUCACUCCACGCACCAUGACAUCAAUUGCUCCAAGCAAAGGCCUCAUUAAUGAGCCAGGCCAGAACAGCUGCUUCCUCAAUAGCGCCUUGCAGGUUCUUUGGCACCUUGACAUCUUCCGGAGAAGCUUUCGGCAGCUGACUACUCACAAAUGCAUGGAGGACUCUUGCAUUUUCUGUGCACUGAAGAGCAUCUUUGCACAGUUUCAAUUCAGUAGUGAGAAGGUUCUGCCCUCUGAUGCCCUUCGCAGUGCCCUUGCAAAGACGUUCCAAGAUGAGCAACGCUUCCAGCUGGGGAUCAUGGAUGAUGCUGCUGAGUGCUUUGAAAAUAUCUUAACACGGAUUCAUUUCCAUAUCUCUGAUGAGAGCAAGGAAGAUAUUUGCACUGCACGGCACUGCAUUCCACACCAGAAAUUUGCAAUGACCCUUUUUGAGCAGUGUGUCUGCAGCAGUUGUGGGGCUACUUCAGACCCGCUUCCUUUUAUUCAGAUGGUGCACUAUAUCUCAACAACAUCUUUGUGUAACCAAGCAAUUCGAAUGUUGGAACGUAGGGAUAAGCCAACUCCUGACAUGUUUGGUGAACUUCUCCGUAAUGCCAGCAACAUGGGAGACCUACGAAACUGUCCGAGCAACUGCGGGGAAAAAUUAAGAAUUAGACGUGUACUCAUGAAUUCACCUGAAAUCAUCACAAUAGGUUUGGUGUGGGACUCUGACCAUUCCGAUCUGGCAGAGGAUGUUAUACACAGCCUUGGAACCUGUCUACGCCUUGGUGAUCUAUUUUACAGAGUUACAGAUGACAAGGCCAAGCAAUCGGAGCUAUACUUAGUGGGCAUGGUUUGCUAUUAUGGGAAGCACUACUCAACUUUUUUCUUCCAGACCAAAAUCCGCAAAUGGAUGUACUUUGAUGAUGCACGUGUGAAAGAGAUUGGGCCAAAGUGGAAGGAUGUUGUGUCAAGGUGCAUCAAAGGUCACUAUCAACCCCUUCUUCUCUUGUAUGCUGAUCCCCGGGGAACUCCAGUAACUGUGCAGGAUCUACCUUCUCAAAUAGAUAUGCAACACUACAAUAAGACUUACUAUGACAGUGAAGACUCGGGCCGUGAACCAUCUAUUUCGAGUGACACUCGUACUGAUUCUUCCACGGAAAGCUACACAUGCAAGCAUGCUCAUCAUGAGUCCAUGGCCAGCCAUUUCUCAUCGGAUUCCCAAGGAACAGUGAUCUGUAACUCAGAAAGUGAUGCAGCUUCUCAACACAGCACAGAUGCAGGGAAACUGACAGACAGCCAGCCAAUGCAGCUUCAUCCAGUAAGGAAAGGAGGGGCAUUGGACAGGAAGAGGAGCUCCAGUCGGCCACGCCGAUUCGAGGAGCGAAGCCAAGCAGCCAAGGGGGACGAGGCAUUGUCAGUUGGCUACCAUAGUGAGGGGGAAACUCUGAAGGAACAGCAAGCACCACGCACAGCUCCAAAGCCCUCAAGCAGCCGCCUAAAGGAAUUCAAGGAGACAAUGAGCAAUAUUGUUCAUGCCCGGCCUGUGCCUUCUUCCUUUUCUGGAUUAGGGAGUGCUGAUUCUGGGGCAAGAGCCAGAAGUCGGGAUUGGGAGGUGGACAGCACCAGUAGUGAGUCAAAAUCUAGUUCGUCAGGAGGACGGACAAGGCCAGCCUGGCGACCACGACGAGAGGUGCUGAAUAUAGACAGCAUUUUUAGCCGGGAGCGGCGGAAGCCACCAGGUUAUACUCAGUUAACUACUGGGCCAGAUGAAAACCUUGGGCCAGCAGAAAAGAAUGUCCCUUCCAGAACUAGUGGAAUUUCUAAUAAUACUUCACGUCACCCUCCUCAACCUCUUCGAGGAUUGGAUACCCAACCACGACUUAUUCAGAGGAUGGAGAGUGGUUAUGAAAGUAGUGAGCGGAAUAGCAGCAGUCCUGUGAGCCUGGAUCUACCUUUAAGCGAGGGUUCUAGUUCUGGCUCUUACAGGGAAACUAGUGUGAAGAAGACCGCAGGUUCUGGUCCCUCUUGGCGUACAGUUCCCAAGUCUAAGAGUAGUAGUGCUUUACUGCAAGAACGCAGCCCAACAUUGUUUCCAGGGAGCCAGGCAAAUCUAGGAGUAGAAAAUCGCAGUGAACUAGAUGAACUUCAGGAGGAGGUGGCUCGUCGAGCUAGGGAACAGGAGCUUCAGAGGAAGAAAGAAAAAGAGAAGGAGGCUGCUAUGGGCUUCAAUCCAAGGCCCAUUAAAUACAUGGACCUUGAUGAACUGCAGAAUCAGGGAAAGACUGACAGCUUUGAGAGGUGUCUGCAGGAGACAGACACACUGUUAGAGCAGUCCCUGCGGUUAGAACAAGACAACGACCUGGCUGCAGCUCUUUCUAUCUGUAAUGAAGCUCUGUCUAAACUAAGACUUACCAUGCAUGAAGGCAGUGCUAACAUUCCUAGCAGAGCCAUGGUUGAUAAGAAGCUACAAAAGUGCAUGAGGAGAGCUCGAAGUCUACAACAGCGCAUAGAGCAACAGGAACAUCCCCUCGGGGGCACUGUGUCCCAGCCUCAAAGUGAGCAGCCUGUCCCGUUCCAAAUACUGUUGACAGCAGCGCAAGGUGAUGAUCAAGAACCAAGAGAGGACAUUUCUCUUAAUCCUACUACUCCUCUCGAUGUCAGAGCUAUCUCUCCUUCAAGAGUAUCUUCACAGACUACACAGAGCCACCUGGUGUCCUUCACUCCUCAUCCUAGAGUCCAUCCUAAGAGCCAAGACUCUCCAGAGGGUAGCUGUGAGCGGCUACAGCCUCCAUCUAACCAAAGGGAAGAGAGUAUUAUAGUAGACUGGAACAGCCCCAAGUGUAAGCCUCUAAAUCGAUGGGACAGUGGAGAUAUCUCAAAUAUCAUUCAGACACCACACGAUCUACAAGCCAAGCCGAUACAUAAACACAAUGCAAUAUCUUUGCCAACGCUUCCUUUAAACAAUCUGGAAGAUGAUGAAGGAAAUUGUGCUGGUCUGAAAACUAAGUCCCGUCCUUGCCCCAUUUCUUUACCCUGUACUAGUGAAGGAUCUAUGUUUCUAAAGGAAAACUCUUUAGCCUAUUCAGCGUCCAGUUCUAACAAACUGCAUCAUACAAAUGACAUGAGGACUUCAGCUUUUGUUGAAUUUGGUGUACAGGAAAACUUUAACAGCAGGAACGAUCAAAUUCCUCAAUAUUCACGUUCUCAAAUUAUGGAGCAUCCUGGUGCAAGUUUACAGCUGACACCACCUGCUGUUCCUUUGAACUGGUCUUCCAGGACUAAUGAAACUUCAAUAGCAAAUGACCAAACCCCCUUCUCCUCUUCUUCUCACACACAACCUUGCAAUAAGGAGCAUCUGUAUAUUCAGCAACCCUGCGUAUUAAGUAAGCAAGACUCACCUUCUUCACCAUCAACCUUUUCUGCAAUGCCAGUGGAACGAUGGGCUGAGAAUGUUACACGCUACUAUGGCUCUCAGCCGGACUGCAGUCAGCAUUCAGCCCAAAGGCUUAAACCAGAAUCUCCUUGCAAAGAGCUGAGUGAAUUGGAGUUUCUCUAUCAAAGAAGUUUGCAGGCUCCCAGCACUUUAAAGCCUUCUGUGAAUUACUGUCAGCAGCUUGGCACUAAACAAGAUUCCUCAAAUAUCUGUGCUGCACAAAUUCCACACUCUGGGACAUUGCCAGGUCGUUCAAAGACUCCCACGGCUGAGAUUGAGAGGAAUGCAUAUAGAGCAGUGGGAUCUGGAACCCCUACUACCUUAAUUCCUUUGAAGAUGUCUCACCUAUCUUGCGAGCAGCCACAGUUUGAAGAUGAGACUUAUAGUGCUGAAAAUCUUCGUCGCAUUGCACGCAGCCUCAGUGGAACUGUCAUUGGAGGAAAUCCUGAACCCAUUGCUACUUCUCGCAGCUUUGAACCCUCGACAGCCGGGACCAAGCAUGUGGAUCACAGAAUUGCGCAUCGUGCUAACACUACUCCCCACCUCUCUCCCUAUGUUAGUCCUACUGUGUUUUCCACUGACCCCCCUCAUCUCCACUCAGUCACAACACUGCACCAACCCCAGCAGCUUCUACAGCCCAGCUUGUCGCAGCACAUUCGCAGACCUUCAGGAGAUAACAAGAAGGUCGAGAAGUUUCUGGCUGUGCUUGACCGGGGUAAAGCUUUCACCAGUGAAAACUACCACAGUGUCGCACUAAGCUAUGGCACUCUGCCCAGGGCAAACCAGCGAGCCACACCACAGACGGACAAGACUGCACUUCUGACUUUAAAACGUCAAACUCGUACUCCGGAAACUGGAUGCAGGCAGCACUCGGGCAACCAGCAGUCAAUGUCAAAAAUGUACAAUGACUUUCAAACUGUUCCGUCCUCAGCAGGUGCAAAGGACAUUAGAGUCUUGGAGGGACAUGGCAAUACUAGUGUAUCGUGGUCCAGUUACGCAGGAGCCUUGGGGUCUAGAAGGACUCAGCCCUAUGUUAGUAACUGUCAGGCUGUUCCAAAACAGAGCAUCCAAUCUGCUCCUUCAUCCCAACCUAUUCGUCUUGAUGUUCCCCCUGAUGAAGACUGGAGAAGAAGCACCUUAUCACAGCCACAUUCCCAUCUUAACUCUGCUUCUUAUUAUAGGUCCCCUGCUGCAACCACACCCAGUCCCCUUCAGCAGGCAGAAUCAAGACUUGCUCCUCAUGGGAGGAACUCUGGUCAGCGGUGUGGUCUGUGCCAACAAGCUUCUGCAGAGCCAGGGCAGAACUACUGUCACAGGUGUCAGUUCUACCUGUCUCGUUUCCGUCCUGUGAGUUGAGAGACAUGCUCUUGAUCUUUUCACAGAUCUCCACGUCUCUCCUUCCAGUGGGAAUUAUGACACUGUACAUUUUUAAUUUAGUAGUACAUAGGCCAAAGAUGCCAAGCUGUAGUCUCUGAUUUUGCUGUUGCAAUCAUCUGUUUAGGUUGAUAAGCAUAAUGAAUUCUAAUUUUUUAUUGUUAUACACAUAUAUAUAUAUUUUUAACAGAUAUUUAAUUAUUGCUAGUAUUUCUUUGUUUUCACUGAAUUGCUCAUUUGUCAUCCUGGUCAAACGUAAUUUCUGUGAGAGAAAAUACAUUUGCUUCUUGGCAUAAUCAUUUAGUCAUUUGUAGAACAAAACUGAUUGACUCUGAAGUCCUUUUCACAACUAUACCUCUCAUCUUUCUCAUGCAUUUCUGGAAAGAGAGAGCAGACUGCAUCUAUGAAUUCAAUAUUUAAACAUGACAUGUGGGCUCUGGAUUUAUCCUUCAUCCUCAGACUUUUACUGUGUAUAUACCCAUAGACAAUAGGUUGCAAGUAUGCUGUAGCACUUGAGAAAUAAUGUAGCUCUCUAAUUUCACCAUUUUGAAAGGUCUUCCAGAAAGUAUUUGUCUAACCUUUAAACACUGGACUUGCUUUUAGAAAAAAGCCCUGGGUAGCUAUCCACUUCUUUAUGAUUGUAGCAGAGAGCUUAUUUUUGGAAAAUGUUCUACUGUCCACAGGCUGUAUUUGUGACACCCACCUUGAAAGCAGCAUACAGAAAAAGUAAAAUGGGAGCAGGUCUGAAUUAUGACUACUGAUCUCUUACUUACAGCUCAGUUGUACCAUCUGCAUCCUCUGGGCCAUUACUAUACAGAACAUGUAGUGGUCUGGGAUUCACUUGAUACCCUUGCCAAUUUGAUUUCUGUUAUUUAAGCAUGGGUUUGUAUGCAUCUACCAGUCUCUGCCUUGUCAGCGUGUUUGCCCAUUACUUGAUUUGAGGCCUUUAUGGUGUUCUUACUAGUUCUUCUUCAGUAUCUUUCAGUAGUCCAAUUUUAUUGUUUAUGCUAUGGUCAUUUAUCAGCGAUUCAUAUUUAGUUGUGUUCUGUGUGAUAUUUAUACAUUUCCCAUAUUAAUGUAUGAAGUCAGAGCCAGGUUAAUACCAUGUGCACAGUUUAACAGAUUAGCUUUUAACUUUUUAAAUUGGUUGUUUCAAGCACUGAACAUGCAGAUUGACUGGCUUACAUCCUUUAACUUGAGCUCUGACAACCACCAAAUAUGGCAAAGUCUGUGCUGAAAUGUUGAAAAGAUUAAAUCUCAUUUAUUCCCCUCUGUGAUCAAGAUGGAAUCUAAAGUAUUGUCAGCAUUUAAACAUAAUUGGAACAUUAACUUAAUUUUUAAAUACUUUAGACAACCACAUAUCCGUAUGAUUUUUUUUGACAGUGUUCAUCCCGUGUGAAUUCCACCUAACUCUAUUAACUCCAUUCAGAAUCAGGGGAGCAUAUUGGGUAAUCCUAAAUUUCCACCUUAUUAGUAAUAUUUAUGUUUUAAACCUUUGGUGUACUUAUUUUUUUAUUCAUAAAUAAAAUAUUGAACUGUAAAUAAGACAAGAGUAUGAGGCUAACAGUUUUAGUAGUGCUAGUCUGAUUUGUGUUUUAUAAGCACUUUAAACAAUAAAAAAAAGAAUGUUUCUUUCCGAUGUAAUUCAAGAAGGUUCUCUGUCUCAAUUUUUUUUAGAGGGCUCAAUGACAGCCAAAAGGUUUACAUUUUCUGCUAUGUUUUUUUGUCUUCUUCACAUCUAAGUGAAUGAAAUAUUAUGUAUCAUAACAGCUACUUAUGUAUUAUAGAGGAUAAUAACCCAGUAAACUUAUUUUUUGAAUGAUCAUUGCAUUAAUUUCUUCUGUUAUUACCAAAAGGAGAUAUUUGCCUUUCUCUUGACCACAUUGUUUUUUUUUUUCCUUUCUCUCAGUCUUUGCCAUUAGAAAGCUCCACUAUCGUGUUUGUAUUCUCUGUCGGUCCUUUUGUGCGUGCAUCCUCUGUAUAUAAUUUAUCAAGACCGAGUUUGGGCAUAAAUGUUUCAUUUCUUAUUUCCUAUAUUGGGCAUGUGUUUGUAUUAUCAAUUUAGUGUACUAAUUGACAGAUUCGGUUACAGCUUUGUUAGCAGGUCCAGCUAGUUAAGUGAAAGGAUAGCCUUGGUGAAAAUGUUAUUCUAGUUCGAUGAAGAGGAUGAUGAUGUUGUUUGUACUUCCAUUCAGUGAUAUGCCACAGCAGUUUGGCAAGUUGUUUUAUUUUUAAACGUUUUACCGAUGCUACAGUAAAUGGGCAAAGUGUAACAUUAUGAAGUGGUGUAAUGAACACUAAAUAAUGUGAACCUCGUGUUCUCUGUGUAGCUUUCUUUUGCUUAUUCAAUUCACUGAUAGCUACAGUUCAUCCAUAAAAAUUUGCAGAAUACAUUCAUCUGGCCUGGAUCCGCCAGAAAUUGAAGAUUAUCACAGGUAAAAAUUGUGGACAUAUUGUUUAAAUAAUAGCCUUUCUCCAACCAUUUAACCGAAAUGUUGAAGCAACGUCAUAAUUCAUAUCAUGCCAAAAUGUGAUAAUAGGCUUGUUUGCCUAGUUUACAGUUAGAGUUUGAAAAACAUAUCCUUUAAGCUAAUGGUCUGGGUAUUUAUUCAAAAGGAAAACAAAAAAACUCAGACACAAGUUUAUAUUAAAGAGUAUAGAUACUUAGGUGAAUCUCUUUCAAAGCUGCAAAGUUUACUUUGUGAUCAAGCUUGUGAAGGCUGCUUGAAAUAGGAAGUAGGACUGCAGUUAGAUGCACUAGGAGUGUCCACUAAAUGACCAAAGACAGAAACCCUGUCAUUGCAGGCGAGGUAGUUUCUAGCUUGUUCUCAUCUUCUCAGAGGGAAUGCUCUUCAUGCUGUGUCUCAUUUGGACUGUGGACAGUAGUACAAAUGUAUAAUUUUAUCUAUUAUUCUUGCUUUAAAAAAGAAAGCCAAAAAAAAGAUUUGAUAGAACUAUGUAUGUAUAUUUGCUUGUACAGAUAAUAACUGAAGCCUUUGAAUGUGAAUAGGUACAUUCUUAUAUGUAGCGGUCCUGGGUUCCCCAGAUGCUUGUUUCUAAAAGCAGUACUAUAACAUGGAUCCUGUAUUUUUUCAAUAAAGUUGAUAUACAGAGUGAAGCACAAUAAAGUCUUAAUGAGUGACCCAUUA